GGAACAGAACCGAAGAAGAGGUAGCUGCUGCAAAGCCACCUCCGCGUCGGAGGAAAAAAGAACUUGAAAGAAACUUGUGAAACCCCGCGAAAAAGUUAGUGCUCAAUAAAGGAAUUCCUUCCCUGCCACAGUGGCGUCGGGAAAAUUGUGAACAGUUCUCAGUGUAAUCUACGAUAUCCAUGUUAAAACUGUUUCAGUGCAAAAGACGGAAAUAAAAACUGGCAAAGUGAACAAGACUAAAAAAAAAGCAGAAGACAAACAACAUUUAUUCGACAACGAAAUAAAACGGGAAAACCUGUUUAUCAGCCACUGAAAAGCGUCCUGGCCAAGCAUCACAAUCAAAUCACAAAUCAAUAUCAUCGCAACGGUGUGUUCUACGCGUGGAAUUAAAGUGUUCGAACGGUGUUUGGGUGCAUAGGUUUUCUUGUGUGUAGGUAAGAAUCGGCGAGGGUGGUUGGCGGUUGCGUAUUUUUUUUGCAUCUACAUUUUGUGGCGUCCUCGUAAAACCGCCGCACAUCCCGAGGCACUAGGAGUGGAGUUUGUAUGUGUGUUUGUGCUUUUCGUGAGUGUAUAUGUCCGCGCGUUAAGUAGUGCGGUCCGUAUAGUGCGUGCCGAAAGUGAAAUCAAAAAUUGUGUGACCACCAAAUCAUUCGCCAUUGUGUGCACCGAAAAAGUGUUCGAGUGUUUUCGCGUGUGUAUUUUUGCGGAAGUCCUGUAGUGUUCGCGUUUUGUGCGAGAGUGUUUGGAAAAUAAUUCACUCAAGUGGUGUGCAGAAGGUGAAACUUGUCGAAUGCUUGUUGAGUAGUUGUUCGUUGCGAAAAAAAAUACUAAUCGGUGUUGAAAAAUCGAAAAAGAAAAACAGCGGCUUAGGCGUACCUUCCGAUCAAAAUUAAAGAGCUUCAAAAACGACUUCGAAGCCAAUAUCGUCCGUCGGUACCGGGAGCAGCAGCGGCAGCAGCAGCAGCAGCACGGUCAUCAACUCCAACUGCGGCAGCAACCCGACCCGGUACCGCUCAAACAGUUCUCAUGGGCCACCGUGGCGGAAAAUUGCCGCCGCGAUGUCCACACUUCACAACCACGUCAGCAACAUCAAUAACAACCUUAGCAACAUUAACAACAACAACAACAACAACAAUAACAGCAGCAACAGCAGCAGCAUCAAUCAACAGUCGUCGCCUCAGGCAGCCGGUAGUUCCUCGCCGAGUGUCACCACCGGUUCGCCGAGCCUUAACAACAACAACAGCCUUCCGCAUCAGCCCACCGGCACCGUCGGCCAUCCUUCCGACAGCUUCAGCAACAUCGUCAACAACAACAACAGCAGCAGUAGCCACACGACGACGUCCACCGCAGCGACGACGGGCGGCGGCGGCGGCAUUCUCGGCGCGCGCGAAGUCAGCAGCGCCAAGAAGUUCCUACCGUUGUUCGCGCGCUCGAUGAUGAUGUCCUCGGCGUCCUCGCAGCCGGACACAGGCAGCGCGAUGGCCUCGUCGGACGGGACCGCCAGCAGCUCCUCCGGCGGUGUGGGCCCCCCAACGGCGACGUCGGGAGCGGCGGGUGGAGCGCCGCCGGGAGCGACCGGACGCUCGUUCCCCAUUCCGGACGCGCUGAACGUGGUGCUACACGGCUACCAGCGCAAGCUGAAGACGAACAAAAAGAAGUACUUCGUCGUGUACGGCGACACGGUGGAUAAGUUCGCCCGGCUCGAGUACUUCGACAGCGAGAAGAAGUUCAAGCACGGCGACGGGGGACCCGUCGCCAAGCGGAGCAUCGUGCUGCGCAGCUGCUUCAACAUCAACAAGCGCCACGACACCAAGAAGCACAUCAUUGCGCUCUUCACCAAGGACGACUGCUUCUGCAUCCUGUUCGAGAGCGAGGACGAGAUGAACCGGUGGCUGCGGACACUGCUGAGGCUGCAGCGGGGCGAGGAGUCCGAGGGCGACCCACCCAGACCCACAUUCGAGCACGUAUGGGAUGUGUUCGUGCAGCGGAAGGGACUCGGCGACAGCUACGGCAUCCUCGGCACCUAUCGGCUCUGCAUCACCGACAAAAUCCUUUCACUGGUUCGCAUCGGACCGGAACUCACCGCCAGCCAGGAGAAGCGAGCCGACCUGGUCGAGUUCUCGCUGGCGUCCAUUCGACGAUGCGGACAUUCUCAGCGCUACUUUUACCUGGAGGUCGGCCGGAGCUCGAAAACCGGCGCCGGCGAGAUCUGGAUGGAGCUUCAGGACUCCAUCAUCGCGCAAAACAUGUACACCACCAUCAUGAAGUCCGCGAAAAGUAAGGAGGACAAUCUCGGUCCCAUGAUCCGGAUACGGUCGUCGUCGGCGAACGCCGCCUCGAAGCCAACGUCGACGCUGAUCCGGCGCCAGACGCACGCCGGCCAGAAGCCGAUGAACUGCUCACCGUCAAGCGAAGAUCAAUGCUCGCAAAACGCGGGCAGUGCACAGAAUUCCGAGUCCUCCUCGUCGGCCGCCAGCAACAACACGGUAGUGCUGGUCGGGUCGCCGCCGAAGGCUCCGCACAGCUCCGGUGCAGCACCGAAUUCGAAAGCAAGACCAGUAGCGGCAGUAGCCACUCCCAACCUGCAAACCACCAACACCACCGGCUGUGCGGACAAACUGCUCGCCACAUCCAUCACCUCCUCUGCUACUACUUCCACUACUUCUACUACUACUACUACUAUUAGUACUACCUCCACUGCUACUACUACUUCCACCGCUACUCCUACUGCUAGUACCACGGCGUCGUCGUCCCCCAUGGUCGGCAAUGGUUCCGCCGUUUCUCCGUACGCGAUCGCUACUUCCGUUACUACCACCACUACUACCACUAGCGCGGGUUACAGUGCCGCCACCAUCGUUCCCUUUGCCGGCAGCUCCGCUGUAGUCGCCCCGAUUGCGUGUGUGCGCAGCAGCAACUCCUCCCUGGCCAGCAUCGGUUCCGGCUCGCCGAUCGAUGCCUACGUUCCGCUCGUUCCCGGAGCCGGUUCCAUUUCCUCUUCCAUCGUCCAUCCGACCGCUGUUGGUGUUGUGGGUGCGGUCGGUGGAGGGUCCGUGUCGGGACGCGGCCACAUCGGUGGCUCUCCGAGGCUCGGAGUGACCGCCCAAUCGCCCAGCUACCGGAGGGCGUCGAUGAAGAGGACUCCUUCGGAGGGUGGAAAGCCAUCCACCGCCUCCUCGGGCAAGGCCGGCGACACGGGUUCCCUCCGAUGCUCGCAGCAUCAGCAGCACCCGCACCACCAUCCCCUCCACCACGGUCCGGUCGUUCCCCUGCUUCCCCCUUCCUCCGCCAACCAUCACCACCAUCACCAUCUGCACCACCACCUCCAUCACCACGGCGCACAGCAAACGUCCGCGACCCUACCGCGCUCGACCCCGCACAGCUCCUCCUCCCUCUCCCUGGCCCAUGGGCACCAGCCGCCAGUCCCGCUCGCUGCCGUCUGUACUAGCAGCAUCAGUAGUGGCAUCAGUAGCGGCAGCAGUAGCAGCACCAGCGGCAGCAACACCAUCGCCGCCGCCGCCGCCACCGCCAUUGCCACUGACAUUUCGUCCUCUUCGACCGACCAUGUUACAUCCGCAUCCUCCACAUCCGGGGUGUUCCAUCAAAGAGCUUUAUCAUUGCCAAGCGCUCCCAUGUUAGGCCAUUCUCCCCAUAGCAAUACGAAUCAUUUGAGUGCAAUCCAUGGGUCUUCCGGUAGUAGUGCCCGCUCGUCCUCCCAGAGCAGCGUCGCGGGUGGCGCCGGGAGUGGUGGAGGCGGGGGCCAGAUAGUGGCGGCGUCUAGCAGGGCGUCCACCACCACCAUCUCGACGUCGUCCGUGGCGUCGUCGCCGUUCACCGGGGCGAUCCAACCGGUUCACCAUCGAACUCGCUCGCUGCCGUUGACGGAGGAGUCGGCCAUCCGCAUUACGAGCGGUGGCGGUGGUGCAGGCGGCUGGUGGGGUGCAGGUGGUCAGUAUCAGCAUCAGCAUCACUACUACGCAGUCGGCCGGAAGUCGUCCUCGUCCUAUCUGCUCGCUCCACCAUCGUCCGGUGGUGGCGGAGCAACAGGGCACGUAUGCUCCCUACACGGCACCGCCACUCCCAACGGCUGUUCGCCGCCAAUGGCCGAGCUGGUGUGCACCUCCCCGCAGUUGCACUACGAGGAAUCGCAGCUGCUGCCGUCUCGCAGCUCCAUGGAGAGCAUCAUCGAGGACCAGCGCUACCUUCCGAUGGACCUGAAGAAACCGGCGCCGGCGGAAUCGAACCACCAUCACCACUAUGACCCGACCGCAGCCGGCACCAGCGCUCAGCUGCAGCUGAUCAGCCGGCUUCUGCGCAGCAGCAACCUGCAGUCCACCACCGCCACCGCCUCGACUCCCGCGUCCCCCGGAAAGAUGGGCCUGAUCGGGCUCAAGAUGGCCAUGAUGGCGCAAGGCCCCGCGGGAGGAGCAGGACACGGGGUGUCGUCGUCCCCCGGUAGCAGCGCAGCGGCCGCCGCCAACGGCUGUAGUUGUAGUAGUCCCUCCUCCUCACAGUGCAGUAGCAGUAGCAAUUGCGUUCACGCCAUUAGUAGCCCCAAUGUCAGUACCCAUAAGAGCACGAACGGUUCCUCACCGGCAGCACUGCGGCGCCCGAACGGUGGUGGCCGUGCUGCCAGCAGUACGAUCAGCAGGAGUGUCGCCAUAGCGCGCGAACGUUGCGACAGUCUUCCAUCGCGAAAUCGAACGACGAGCGAAACGAUGCCACACCAGCAACAGCAGCAGCAGCAGCAACACUCGCUGCUGCAUCAGUCCCAGCAGCAUCAGCUGAUGCUGAACAGUGGCGGUAUGCCACCGCCGCGCAUGAUCCCGAGCAACAACCGGCCGCACUCGAUGCACAUCAGCAGCUGCCACGGCCACAGCCCGCCCGUCAACUCGUCCCCGCUCAGCCCACCGCCCGCCACCUACUCGACCGGCUCGGACGGUUCCUCCUACAGCAUCGACGAGUCGACCGACAGCUUCAUCACCGAUCCGCCGACGCCGGACGAGGGCAAUGGCUAUAAGGUCAUUAACCACCUCAAUUCCGGCGGCUCGAUACCGGAGGAAAAUUCCGAAGAGUUCAUCAAGGACUACGGCCAUAUUGAUCUGCGACUGGGCGGCGGACUGUCCCAGCACGACGACUUCAACCACCACCACCACCACAACCACCACCAAAACAACCCCUCGAACCAUCAAACCUCCAUCAGCGCAAGACUUGGUCACAGUCAUCAUAAUUCCCUCUCGCUUCCCAUAUCGCAGGCGGGCCGACGCGGCGGCAGUCCAGCCCCGCCGUCCACGGUCGGUUCGGUCGAGGGCAGCGCGUACAUGGAGAUGUGCAGCCCGUCGGGCAGCUCGCCCGGCGACCCAUCCGGCAGCUGCUACAUGGCCAUGUCGCCGGUGGCCGACUUUUCGCGAGGACUCUGCUCGAGCUCGAGUGCGCACAGCCGAGCGUCCAGCCUCGCCGAGGACCUUGUCGAUGGGUACGUCCCGAUGAGCAUGCCCCGAACAGCGGCCCAACCGCCGACGGAGGAGUACGUCAGCAUGGAUCCGACGCAGAACGGAACGAGCAGCCGGCUCUCGAACGCCACCAGCGGCGGCGGCGGCGGUGGCAAUGGUGGGGCAGCGAGCGGUAUCGGCGGUAUGUCGUCGGCCGCGUCGAGCUGCAGCAUCACCUCCGGAACGCCCUCGACCGACCUACGGCUGUCGCUGGAGAAGGUCCCGGCGUACAUUGGCCAGAGUGACGAGGGUGAGAUGAACGAUCGGCCGUACCGGACGUACUCGGUCGGCAGCCGGCCGGAGCACAUCAAGCGCAAGCUGCGCAUCGACAUGCUCAGCUCGGCCGAGGGUGGUCUCGGUGGGGCAGGUGGCGGUGGUGGCGGUUCCGCCAGCUCCCGCCAGCGUGCCUUCUCGGUGGGCUCGCGGGCGAAGGUCCCCCGGUGCUCGGAGAUGUACAAGGGCUACUCGCAGGCGCCCGUCAUCGUGUCGUUCGUGUCGAGCAGCUCGCAGGGCAGCGUUACGGAGAGCAACAACAAUAGUGGCGGAAGCACGAGCAGCAUCCCGCACGUGGGCAGCUUUGGGGCGACGCUGGAGGCGAACCUGCCGCUGGACGAGAGUGCGGUUGGUAGGGCGGGUAGUGGGUCGCUGCUGGCCGAAUGGAGACCCCUGUUGGGCGGAUCCUCCUCGGGUGCCGGUACCGCCAGCCACGGAUCGUUUGAUCAGAUGGCCGAUCUGAUGGAGAUCGACUACUCGUCGCCCCGGACUGGGGAGGAGGCGGGCAAUAGUAGCAGUACGCCGCUGAAGAGAGCCACCACCCACGAGCUGCCCGGUGCCGUCAUUCCCGGCAUGGAAGACUACCUCGAUAUGUCCGGCAGCAGCGCCACCAGUGGAACCAACAACCUGAACAAUAACAACCAUCACCAGCACCAUCCGCAGAGUGGCAGCAAUCUGGACGAGGAGCGCGAGCGUGCGGUGGCCAGUGCCCACGCACUCGCUGGUUACGUCGAGAUGCGCCCCGGAGGUGGGGCACCCGGUGGCAGUCGUCUCAACUCGCAAUCGGAGGAGGGUGACUAUCUCAACAUGACAUCGGGUGUUGCCAACGUGCCGGGCCAGGAUGUGGUCGACGGCCCGCUCGGAGGUGGGUCCGGUUCGGCCAAGUCCACCAGCAACCCGAUACAGAUCAGCUCUCCAAAGAAGUACAACAAUGGCGCGACGGCUGCUUCGACGGCGAGCUCCUCCGGGAUGGACGGUAGCGCCGGAAAGAACAACAACUACCUCGACAUGUACCCCCGGAUGCUGGCCAAGCCAACCAGUGGCGGAGGGGCGUUGACCGCGACAAAAGUACCUUCCGAAGACUACCUAAACAUGACGCCCCUGAUGAUGAUGAGCUCGGUCGACAGUGGAAGCGAGGAAAAGAUGCUGCAGGGUGGCAACGAUGAGGAGGUCGUCGGUGCUGCUGCUGCUGCUGCUGCAACCGGUACGGCCGGAUCGAUGGACACGAGCAGUGCGCCGGACGGCUAUAUGGAGAUGUCGUUUAGUCACAACACAACCACCCAGACGGCGGGGUCGUCGAGUGCCAUGCCACCGGCCGAAGACUACAUGAACAUGUCCUUCGGUACGACGGCGACGACGCCGACGCCGUCACAGCCGGUUCCAUCGGCACCGAUCACGAUCGCGCCCGGUGCGGGAAAGUGUCGGUUGGAUCUGAGCGGCGAAUCGAAGGUGGAAGCGUCCUCCAACAUCCCCAACUAUCUGCCACUCGGCCAUCAUCACCAUAAUCACCACCAAGCGGGAAAGAGUAGUUCCGCCCAUGUGUCGGCCACGAUCGUGUCCCUGCAGCAACCGGUUCAGACCACCACCGGGCAGCAGAGCGGCUCGGUUGGCUUCAGCCCCUCGAAGGGAGUAGGAGGAGGAGGGGGUGGAGGUGUUUUGCGAGCGCGAUGUGACUCACGGGACAGCGGUAUCGUGACCCCUUCCGGCAGUCAGGCGACCAUAUUUCCCUUCAGCCCGUCAAGUCCCACCAAACCGUUCCCGGCAAACGUGGUGGAAGCGCCGAAGCAACCACCACCGGGAGCCGCUGGUAUGGAAACGCUCGAGGAUCUAAGUCAAAACUAUGCCGAGCUCAGCCUCGGCCGGCAGCAGUCCCUUCCGGGUCCUUCCGGUGAAGCGUCGGUGAGGAAACUUUCCACCGGAAGUCGCGGCUCGGGAACGUUCCCGCGAUCGGGAGCGCUCGCCAGUCCCGGUGUGGUUCAGCCGGACUAUGUAAACUUCUGCCCCGUUGGACCGGUCACACCGGAGACGGUGGUUCCGGUGCCACAACCGACGGUCCGCAAUCGCAUCGACGACGAUGGGGCGGGCGACUAUGCGCUUAUGAACCCGGCCAGCGCACGGAAGCAGUCAACGACCUCGAUGGGUGGCAGCGGUGCUGGUGCCGGAACGACCUCUCCGACGGGCUCCGUGGCGGGUGGCGCGUCCAGCAGUAGCCCUCCGGUGUUGGUGGCGAAGAAAUCCACCUUCCUCUCGAACCCGCAGAUGGGUUUCAAACCGAUCGCAUCGUCGCAGGACGCGGAACUACUGGGGCAGGGUGUACCGGCCGCCACGACGAAGGUGCUCAACUGCACCGCCAGCUCGCCGAAGGCUCACUUUGCCCGCCGCUUGGACGGUGUUACGACGGCGUUCUCCUUCGAGCAGUCGGCAUCGGCGUCGCCACAGCCUCCCCUGCAGCGUAGCCUUUCUGGUACGCGACCCAACAGUGUCAACAGUGAGCUGAUCGGCGGCCGGGGGGCCAUCGCAAUGCUCGCCGGUGGCACCAGCAGCAGCGGUACGCCCACUUCCUCCGCACCCGGUACCUCACGGCCUAAUUCGGCUAACAGUGAACGGUUGCCGAUCAUAUCAGCUACCUCAUCGUCCGCCUCGUCCACGUCGACGCUGUGUGAGAGCAAAAACCAAAGCCCUUCCGCGUCGUGCACGGCCAUCGCGGUGGUGGCCGAAUCGCGGCCCGACUCGGUCAGCUCCGUCACCGAUCCGCACAUCAUCUCCCGCCCGCCCUCGGUCAGCUCCGAGCGGGAACUACACUACGCCAGCCUUGACCUACCGCCCUGCAGCAGCAAAACGGUUCUUCCGGGGGCGGUGGCUAUCGGGCCAGCACCAACGCUGGCUUCCUCCGCGUCGAACAGUGUACAGAAGAUGGACGUCGACGAACCGAUGCCCGGUUCGAACGAAGCACGCUACUCGUUCGAAGCAAUGCCGUCCACCCCAAGCCCUAGUCCCGGAUGUACCUCGCAGCAGCAGCAGCAGCAGCAGCAGCAAACGGUUCGCUGCGGCGGUGCCUUCACCUACGCCCAGAUCGACUUCGUACGAUCACAAGCCCCCAAGCAGCAACAGCAACCGGUAACCGGUGGCCCCGGUUCCGCAGCGUCGGCCGGUAGUGGUGCCGGUAGCACCGGCGCUAGCCCCCAAUCGUCCCAAGCGUAAACGGAGAAAGGCGGCGGGCGGUCGCCUCUCCUAGUUUUUAUUUAUUUAGAGUAUAAGCGACACCAAUUUUCUUAUUCCGCCGCGCGCGGUGAAAGGGUGCGAGGAUUUAUGCAUGAUUCGACCAUGUAAAUACAAAAACAAAAACCCUUACAAGAUGAAAAAAAACAAGCUGAAAAAUGAUUAACUAAUUUGCAACAAACCUGUAAAACAUACAAGGGAACGAAUAACGAAGACAGACCAUAGGAAAAAUGUACCGAAAACUGCCAAUAUCGAAGGAAAAUUUAGCAACUUGAUUUAACACAGAAGAAAUACAUAUAAAAUAUGAUAUAUACACAAAAUCCAGAGUAAGGAAAAAAAAGUAAAGUGAUGAAGAGGAGAAAAAAAACAUAUACACAAAACCCGUGAGGGAUGGAAGAAACCCCGAUAAAGAAGAGGAAAAGGAGAGUAAAUUAGAAAAAUAUUAAAGAACACAACAAAAAAAAUCUCUUCAGUCAAUAUUGAUUACGACAGCCAGUGGAGUCAGCAUAAGAGGGGGGGAGGGAGGGUAAGUUGAUGAGAAAGCGAACAACAAUAGAAAUCUUUUGACACUGUAUGACAGUGUCAUAGACCACCUCAAUCCACCUGCGAGCCAUCUGGCGUUUGAAGUGGGCGUGUACGGCACGGCAAGGGCAAGGAAUGGCCGCCAAACAACCUGAUCCGAGAUCUGGCGACCUGAAACCUCAGAAACAGACUUGCAUUAUAGUUCGAUGCUGCUAGUACCGUUUAAGAUAUGAUCACACACACACACACUUCCAAGAUACUGAAAAGUUAUGCAAAAUAGCAAUGGUGGAAGAGAAAUUACGCAAAAAGAGGGUACCUGCGUUUGAAGAGGGGGUAAGGUGUUAGGGCGCAAAGUUGAACACUUUAUACACAGACUUGGGGAAAUCACUAGAAAGCAAAAAAAAGAAAAGCAAAAAGAAAAGAAAAAACAAAAAAAGAAACAGAAAAAAUCACGCAAGACAACAGUUAACCAGUGCUAGAGGGUGGAGAGCAGUUGAUGCAAAACGAAGGAAAAACAGAACGAAAAACACAAACGCCGAAGUAGUAGAAUGCCAAUCAAUGGAUUGGAUGUUUUGUAAUGUACGGUUGCAUCUCCUAAAGGAACCUAUUACUAUUAUAACUGCUUAUAAUACCAUACUACCGUUCGAGAGAUGGUGCACGGUUAUACCGCACUUUCUCUCCCACACUCUCUCUCUCUCUCACUCUCACUUUUACUCUCUCUCUCUUUCUCUCUCUCACUCUCACUCUCUGUUACCAUUGGAGGCCUCUUCUUUUUGUUACACUGUAGAAACAAAAAACGAACGAGUGAACCGUAAGUGUGUGUGUCUGUAAACGGGAGGUACGUGGAAGUGGUAGAGGAAAGCAGAUAAAAUGUUUAAGAAAGUAGUAAGAGUAAAUAAUGAACCUAGAAGUUAGAAGACUAGUAGUUAGAUAAGAUGACAGAUGACAAAACAACACAAACAGACAGACACUCAACGUAAAAUCAACGGAUUUUUAUCCUCGCCAGAAGAAGCAAAGGAGAGAAGAAGAAGGAGAAGAAGAGAAAAAAAAGUAGAACAGAGCCAAAGGCAAAGCUGCCACAACUCUGGGUUUUGUAAGCCAUAUUUUUUGCUACGACACGUUGGCAAUGCGGAGGUGCCAAGCAAACAAAAAAACAAACAAACAGAAGAAAAAAACCCGAUAAAACGCGUUGUCGCAAAUUUGCGUACCUCCUCGGACUCGUCCUCGUAGAAAGUUCCCAACUUUUUUGCUGGAACACGCACGGGAAGACGCACGCACAAUUCUGCACGCGGGCCGCCGCACGGUGGUGUGGUGGGGACGCGAGCCGAGAAGGGAAGAAUUGAGAUAUGUGUACCAGCGUGUGGUUAGAGAACUCUUUUUAGAAAGUAGUAAAAUAUAUACGUUUAAGCUAUCAGCAACUGUAAACAGUUAGAUGUAGGGUCAUCGUAAGUGAAGAGUAACAUAACACACGCCCGCGGCCCCAAACGUGUUUAUGGUUAAGAGAAGUAAGCAUAAAUUUCAAAAAAAAAAAGAAAAGAUGCAGAAACAUAGUUGCUAAAAGAUGGGAGAGAUGAGAAAACUCGCAAACUUACGCUCUUAAGGAGAGGAAAGAAAAAAAAACAUUUAUUCCAUAUAAAAAUAACGAAGAAAAGAAGAGAAACAGAAAACUAAAACAACAUUAAAUACAUCCAACCCUUCCGCGUUCCAUGUAAAAAAAGAGAGCAGGCUGAGGAAGUUUAAAAAAAAACGGUCGAAUGGUUAGAAGUAAUCAAACUAGGGCUUAAGGAAAAAUUAUAUAAGAAAAAGAAAAAAAGAUGGCAAUAGAAAAUAAGAUAGGGUAAGUGCAGCGCUAUAACUAAACGAAAAACUAGAAAGAAAAAAAAGAAGAAGAACAAGAAGAAGGAACGCAUCUACAGAUGAAUGCAUCGGUAAGAAAGCGCAUACUUACACAAUAAACACAACUCAACACAAAAACCCAUAUAGCUGAUAAGCGUGCGCUGAAAGGCCCCGAAGGAGAAGGAAGGAGAUGAAGGAGAAGGACAGCAGGAGAAUGAAAAUGUAAAAUGCCAAAAUAAGCUUUACUUGAACGUUAUUUUCCUACUUAGUUUUACGGUAUAUAAAGAAAAUUGCGACUCACAAAAAAAACACUAUAUAAGUUACAAACCGAUUGCUGGUUUUCUGUUCGUUCCUCUUAAAUAUAUACAAAUAUCUUACAUGUGUAAAAAAAACAAAGAAAAACGAAUUGAUAUAUAAAACAAAGUCGAUAUAUUUUUUCCAUACUUAACAAACAAAAAAAAAAAAACAGAGGAUGGCUUGAGCCGUAUAGUGAAAAAAAGGAAUAUUAGAAAAGCGGCGGAGGAAGAGAAAGAUUACUCAAUAUACCAUAGAAUUGGUUGAUGCAAACACUGCGAAAAGUGCGAGCAACAGCUGAGUUGCUGUUUCUUUGUUCUUUUGUUUUGUGUUGUUGUUUUUAUCUCUACCCUUUCGAUGCUGCUGCAGGCUUUUCUUCGACGAACAAUGACACUUCUUCCCCGACAAGAAGGCGAACCGUUUGUGGACAAGAAUGAAUCAGUAGAAAAGGAUAGGAAAAAAAAACUAAAGCGGGCUACCUGUGUACCAUCGGUUAAAUUAAAUGAUCAACGAAACACACGCGUGUUGCGGUUUGUGGGAGGACAUUUUGGGAAAAUUGAAAAAAAUAGUAAAACAAAAAAAACACGAGGCAAAAAUAUCCUCUAGUGAACGAGUGAACGAGCAAACACAGAUGAGAACAUACCUAAAAAGACUUUAUUUUUGGUUCUCGGUAUUGGUAUGCGGUAGGAGGGACGGUUUAGAAGAGUGUAAAAAUUAAGAAAUUAUCACGGCAGCAAAACACACACAUACACAAUCCAACUGUAUUUAGUGCAGUGCGCUUAUCAGAACUCUAGGGCACUAAAAGAAGAAGAGUUAGAUAGAAGGGUUAAAUGAUAGCAAAAAUCCUUGUAAAGCUGCGGGUUUUUGCUUGUGUAAUCAUAUUACUAUUGAGCGAAGAAUUGAACGGAAAACAAAAACACACAAAACAAGAAACACAAUGAAGAUCACUAGCCGAACAGUAAAAUGUGAGAACGAAUGCUGCCGAGCGAAAAAACAGGAGGAAAAGUUUGAAAAAAAAACACAAAAACUAAACAAUGAUGAACAAAAAUGAAACUACAUUGCAACGCGAACUAGAACACACUAGAGAACUUUAUAUUUUUACAGAGAAUAAUGGAGCAACUCCAAGAAAUUUAGACAGCAGAGCAACUAGGCAAAGUGACAGAAACAGAGCGCACAGACACAUACAGACACACCCACACACAUACAGAGUUGUAGGGCAGUGUAUGCAGCUAUAGAUAGCAUGGUUUAUCGAAACAUUCGGAGGGAAAAACGAACGCGAGCGAGUACUACUGCUAAAUAAUAUUACUAUUACUACACUACACUUAAUAACUACUAUUUACUACUUACUAUUGCAACUGCAACUGCAACCCGGCAACAACUCGGUGCAAAACCGGACGCUACUCAAGACAACUUACUGUUUGUGUAAGUGUGUGCGUGUGUGUGUAUAUGUAUGCGUGCCUGUUUGUGCGUGUGUAUACAUCAAGGAAACCUUGUUGAAGGAAGUUUUGGUUGGUUUUAUCCUUCCCGAAACACUGUUAUUUGUUUUUUGAAAGGCUUUUCAAUACGUUGGCCUAAAUUAAUUUACUUCGUUGGGUUUAUUUUUCCGCCUUUCAUUUGUUUCGUUCGUGUUGAGCUUCUAUUAGAGUUUCAUUAUUUUAUUUACUAUCUACUUUUUUGUGGGUUUUUUUUCAGGGUUUGUUAUACAUUCGUUUUGAUGUUAUUGAUUAGAGCAAACUUUUGAGACCGUUUUUUUAAGAUAUCAAAGCAUAAGAUUAAACGAAAUGUGCGGAAUUGACCACGGAGGGCACACUGGAAUGGUGAACAAUAUCAGAACCAAUCCACACAUCCACACACACAUUCACACACACCCAGCAAGAAUAGCCCAACAAAAUUUUGCCCAAACAGGAAGUCAGUCAGUCGGAUUGAUAUUAUUGUUUGCUCAUGCUAUGUUAUAGCGAAACCUGAGAAUGAUCUUAGUGCUAGAAACUCGCGAUGUGUUUUCUUAAUUUUGCACUUUUCAUUUCAAAUGUAGUGCUGGUGAGUGAAAUUGUUUGAAAAUUUUAUACUUUCCUCCACUCGCUCGGAGGUUGUUCACACAAUGCUUUGAAACUUUGCAAGGAAGAACUUUCAUUUUUUACUUUUUUGUUAUGCUUUAUUGUUGUUGUACAGCUUAUUUUUCUUCAAUCUGCUUCCCAUUAAGUACACAAAGGGUUGUAGUUUGUUUACUUACAAACAUUGCUAAAUCGUUAAGGAUUUGUUUAACCCAUGUAUACCGUUUGGUAAUUUCCACUCAUCCAAAACUACCUGCCACCAACUGUGUGUAUAAAACCACUGCCACGACAACAGACUCGGUUUUUCCAAUGUGUGUGUGUGUGUUUUUUUCUUUUUACCGAAACAAACGACAGGAUAACGAUCCGUGGAAUAGUUUCACAAAUUUUGAGUGUGAUUUUAUCAUACUUUAUGUUUUUGUUUUCCAACAUAUAGCAAGAAAUUCUAGCAAAACUUGAAACACUAUAGCGCAAUCCACGUAUUGUCGUAGACAUCGAUGAUGAACAACAUCGCAAACAAAAAACGAGAACUAACUAACUAAAUGGUCAAAAUUUUGUAACCUGUUUUCUUUUUAUUUGGAGGGGAAAAGUGAAGGGAAGUCCUCUAGAAGUGCUAGCUUGAGUUGAGUUAUGAACCCUCAUGCGUGUAUGCCAUGACCGCCGACCGAAAAGAAUCAUUACAAAAAAAAAACAGAACAUGUAACGAAAAGAGAUCAUUACUUAGUAAAAUUUGGAAACG